AUGCUUGCCUCCAAGCCAGUUUUCAUGAACCUGCGAGCUGUCAGUUCGAGCAAGCCUCAGGUGACACACCCGGAGUUAGUACGACAGUCUAUAGCCGCCUCAGAUGGUUGCAGCAAUUUAUCAGAACGGACUCUCAGUCCGAGCAGUCGCGGUUCCACGACUCAAAGAUAUACGACGCAGGUCACAGAUCGGACACUUCGAACGCCCUCCCCUCUCGGCAAUGGGAUGCAUACCUAUAUACUAUCAGAGGAAGGCAGAGAUUGGAAUACAACUGCAGCUGCAACAAAUGUGACAGUGCGUUUCCCAUGGCAGAGAGUUGCCCAGCUCAGUUAUAUAUCUGAUACUGCGACCGAUCCACGAGAUUCGAGUGACUACGACGGGGGUACUCCUACGCCGGUGGACGAUACACCGUAUAUUCGAUUCGCGAUUAGCCAAUUGACGCGUGAAGACAGCGAUGAUGCCGACGAACGUGGAGGAUGGAACGAGGGCUUAGAUUAUCCUGUGCGUCCAGCUGCCUCGGCGCAACAGCUUCUGCUACAGAGACCGGCUCAACGUUCAGCAGAAGCAGAGAUGUCCGUCGUUGUAGAUCCGCAAAAAUACAGUGUGGUAUCAUGCUCUGCAACUUCCAGUACCAACGGAACCAGGGUCACUAGGGUUAUAAAGACCUUGGCGGCUCGUGGUAUUUCGUGGCUUAAUUCCUUUCGCAAGUCCCGGCGACCAUCAUUACCAUCUGCUUUGUGA